AUGGCGGUAAGUCAUGAAGGAGUUGUUCGAGCUGCUUGCAAUGGUUGUCGACAACUAGCCAGUAAUGAACAGUUUAUUGCAUGUCCUCUCUCAAAGACAACUAUUGGUGUUUGGUGGAUACCGAAUCUAUCUAAAAAUCCUUUACAACUAUCAGGACACAAGAAGCUCGUAACAUGUGUCUGCUUUGGGAACAAGAGAAAACGAAUGUUACUCUGCACGGUAUCGGAAGACUUUAUCUAUAUUUGGAAUAUUACCAAGGGAUAUGCUAAUUACAGCUCUGGUUGCCAUGAUAAAGAUGAAACUUUUAGGCCUCUUUGUGUCGGCAAGGAUCUUGGAAAUGUGCAGCACAUAAGCUUCAAUUCAUCAGAUAUUCUAAUCUCUGCUUGUAUUGGCAAGGAGGUCUGGAUCUUGAAUAUUGAGACAUGCAAGUUGGAUUCUGUUCUCGAAGGGCACAUAAGUCCAUUGACACAAGCUCAGUUUUGUCCUUGGAAUGAAUGUAUAAUAAUAUCAAUAGCAGAAGACAGAACCUAUAAGGUUUGGGAUAUCCAGGAGUCAUGUCUGGUAUAUCAGUCACCUAUCGUAUCCGGUUUUCCCUUUAUUUCUCUUGCUUUUGAUUCAGCACAGCACUGUAUGGCCUUGGGAUCAACUGAUGGCAAGGUUCGAGUGUAUGGUCUUGGUCAAGACAGCAGUUUCCGCUGCAUGCAUGAAAUUGAUAUCAGCCAAAACCUUCAGAAAACCUUGGAUAAACAGAAAGUACUUGGAGAUACAACAACAAAAGGGCCUGCCAUUAUAAGCAGCAAUCCCAGUUGGCAAAAAGAGGAAUAUGAACAAGAUAUAAUAGACAGUGAUAAAACUAGUGGGGUUGAUGCAGAGGCUGGGAUAGCUAUACUUGGGCUCCAGUUUAUGAAAAUUCCUGGACAGACGAUGCAAGGCACAAAGUCCCCCUUGCUUCCAUUUCUGAAUGCUGCAUCACAGUCCCAGAUUAAUGACAUCUUUCAUGUUCCAUCGAUUCUUGUAGUGGGAAUGACAGCAUCAGUAUUAUUGGUUAACUGUAACACAUGGGAACUGCUUCAUGUUUUGGAUUUCAGAGUACCAAUACUAUCCAGUAAUGAACUGGACAAUAUUCAAUACCAUCUUCCUACCGCUGGACUGUAUGCCUUUACAGAAAGGGAGCAAAAUGUGGUUCAGUGUGUUAUUGGAAGCUUGUUCAACAGUGCUAUACAUAUUAUUAACAUCAGAAUGCCAAAACUAGAAAAGGACGCAAAUCCAGUAGAUGUGCUUGCCAAUCGUCUGUCAGAAUCUUCUGGCCUUGGUACACAAGGUGUUUGUGACAUCAUUGAGGAGAGGAAACCAGAAGCAAAAGCAGUAAUUGGUCUGGAGACUUCUGUUAUUACUGUCUUGUCUAGUGAACCCCUUCAUGCUAAUUCACCUUUGAAAGCUGAACUUCUUCCCAAGAGUUCCAUCCCACCAUCCAAGAAAACACUCAAAAAAGGACCGUCCACCAAGGGGAAGACAUCAUUAGCUCAAGAUCAACCAUUAACUUUCAAGUCUAAAGUCAAGUCUUCAGGCUAUACAGAUGCUCCAAGGUCGAAAAUGUUUUCUCCAAAAACGAACUCUGCCAAGAAGAGCUCAGCUCCUUCAAAAAAGUCAAGCUCUGGGUUAUUUAGGUGUGUCAUAGGAAAAGAAUACCCAAUGCAAAGCAAUCCACCAACACACCUCCAGGAAAAGAUGUCCCUGACCAGCCAGCCAACAGGCAUCAAUUGUAUUACUUACAGUGGCAAUGGUAGACAUUUAGCGUGCGCCUUGUCCAACAAAAGCGCACGCAUUCUUCGAGUACCUCCAUCGAACAAUAAAGACACGGUUCUUACAGGACACGAUGGUUCGUUAACCCAUAUACAGUUCAGUCAUGACAAUAAAUGGCUGCUGACGUCAUCUACUGAUCGAACCGUUCGUCUGUGGAGCCCAGCCCUUUCCGAUCCUCUAUUGACCUUCACCACUGUCAGUCAUAACUUCAACACUGAGUCGGAUACAAAAGCAAAGAAUAAGGACAAUCCCCCUUUUCCUAAGGAAAUCACUCAAGCGUCGUUUUACUACGUGGACAAGUUUAUAAUGGUCAGUUGUGGCAAUGGUUUGUAUCUGUACAAGUACCAUAUUGACCCACAAAAAGAUGAUAUCAAGAGGUAUCAAAGCCACAGUAAAUACAAACUGGUGAAACUCUUCCAACAAGAACGUGCGCAAAGCAUCACGUGUUUCUCAUGCGUUAACGGCUUCCACUCUUAUAUUACACUAUGUUGUGGUUCAAACAAAUCUAUUGAAGUGUUUGACAUGAAUGUGGGACGGAGUGUGCGCGUCCUUAUGGAUGCUCAUUCUCGUCCUGCCCACGCUAUUUGCCAGAAUCAGGGAUCAGCGUACGCAUCCCAUUCGCCCGAAGCGUACGACCUUUUCCUGACGGCUGCAGUAACCGAUGGAAUCAAGAUGUGGGACCUCAGGACAAACCGGUGUGUGAGACGUUACGAAGGACAUGUGAAUAGAUCUCAUCCCACAGGGAUCGCUAUCAGUCCUUGUUCAAGAUACAUAGCAACAGGCUCUGAGGAUCGUUCGGUUUAUCUUUUUGAUGUUCGCGGUUCUUCGUUUUGUCAUCGCUUGACGGGACAUACAGAAGUAGUUGCUGAUGUCGCAUUUCAUCCUGCGCACUCUGAGCUGGCGGCUGCUUCUCUCGACGGAAAACUCAAAUUCUACACCGAGGAAUUGCGUUAGAGUCAGGUCCUCAUACCAUUGCAAACAUGGUCAGGGAACAAGCGAAGGUGGGAAUAAAAAGAUUCCAGAUG